AUGGCUUCGGGCAUGACGAGUGGUAGUGGAGAUAAGAACGUGCUACGAUCGACUCGAAUUUGUACAUAUAAAAAAUUAAGAUAUAGGGAAUGGGUACCAUUUGACUAUUCAUCUUAUAUAGUAUUUUGUUUUACAUACGCUCAACAAGUAUUAAGCUCAUGUCACGCCGCUGUUGUACAUGUCGCAAUAGAUAGCCUCAUGUGCGGGUUUUUGAUGCACAUAUGUUGUCAAAUUGAGAUCUUGGAAUAUCGCCUGAAAAAAUUUUUGGACAACCAACUUAUUCUGGGUUAUUGCAUACUCCAUCAUAAUCGAAUUUUUGAAUUUGCACACAUAGUGAAUAUAAGAUUUACCAAAUUAAUUGGAUUUCAAUUUCUAACAAGUAUGAUGACAUUAUGCUCAAAUUUGUACCAACUGACUAAAUCAACUUCAAAUUCGAAUAUUUCAUUAAUUGUAUACACAAUCGUUAUAUUAACACAGAUAUUUAUUUAUUGCUGGUUUGGAAACGAAGUGAAAUUAAAGAGCCUUCAAUUAUCAGAUAGUAUUUAUAAUAUGAAAUGGACUAUGUUCAAUAACAAUGUGAAAAAAGGACUCUUAAUGAUCAUGAAUCGUGCUACGAUACCAAUUGAAUUUACUAGCUCAGACAUUAUGCCAGUGAAUCUUGACUCUUUCGUAAAGAUAAAAAUGCAUGUCUUAAAGUUUACAUUGUUAAUCGUUACGUUUGUUGGGUGCUUUCGACCGCUAUCGUGGACAUCGCUAUUUAUGCGUAUUAUUUACAACUUCUACAGACUAUUUAUAAUUACCAUUUUAUAUAUUUUUGCUUUUUUACAAUUUGUGGACAUUAUGAUAAACGUCGACAAUCCCGACGACUUUAUUAACAUUUUAUAUAUGGCGUUAAAUGUAUCUAUUUCUGGUUUUAAAUUACUGAUAAUGUGGCUAAAUUAUAACAAUCUUACGACAUUAAUUACCACACUUAACAAAGAACCAUUUAAACCGUUAGAUCUAGACGAAUUAAAAAUUCGUCAAAAAUUUGAUGAAAUAAUACGGUCAAACACAUUACGUUACUCAAUUUUGAUUGCGUCAUCAUGGACAUUCAUGAGUUUAAUGUCGUUGCUUACUGACUUUAAACACAGAAAGUUAACAUAUAGGGAAUGGGUACCGUACGAUUAUUCGUCUUAUAUGACAUUUUGCGUUACGUAUGUUCAUCAAAUUCUAAGCACAUUUUAUUGUGCUAGCGUAAAUGUCGCCUGCGAUACUCUCAUAUGUGGUUUCUUAAUGCACGUAUAUUGUCAAAUUGAAAUCUUGGAAUAUCGCUUAAAGAAGAUUUUAAGUGAUCAAAGCAUUUUGGACUACUGCAUACGCCAUCAUAACAGUAUAUUUCAAUUUGCACGUUCCGUAAAUACAAAAUUCUCGCAAAUAAUUGGAUUACAAUUUAUAAUAAGCACAUUAAUAAUAUGCUCUAAUUUGUAUCAACUGAGCCAAUCAUCAUUAAACGCAGACAGUAUUGGUAUAAUUGGAUUCACGUGUUGCAUGUUAACAGAAAUAUUUAUUUAUUGUUGGUUCGGACACAAAAUAAAAUCGAAGAGUGUUCAAGUAGCAGAUAGUGUUUUUCAAACAAAAUGGCCAGUACUAAAUAAUAGCGUCAAAACUAAUCUCCUAAUAAUUAUGAAACGCGCUACAGUACCUAUUGAAUUUACUACUGCACAUAUCAUCAGUUUAAAUUUGGACUCCUUUGUGGCGCUGCUCAAAAUAUCGUACUCCACUUAUAGUUUAUUAGUACAAGUACAGGAAAAAUAA